CCUCCUUCUCCUGGAUUAUCAGUUAGAGAAGAAGCUGAAAAACAUUUUAACUCUGACACAAAGACGCAAAGACGCAAAGCCGAUUCUGGUGAUUUCCGGUCAUCUCAGUGUGUGGAUUCAUUCAUAUUUGGUCACAGGAUUAAUUCUAACUUUUGCUGGAGUUUCUUUUGGGUUGUGUGAGAUGAUGGCCGCCUACCUGGGCCUGGAGGAGAACAACACGGACCUGAUGGACACGGCUAGCAAGACCGAAAAAGAGCAAAGUAAGUGCGAAAGUGCGGCAGUGAAAAGCGCAGAGAAUCCGGACGCGACUCAGAAGCCGCCGUAUUCCUACGUGGCGCUGAUCGCCAUGGCCAUACGCGACAGCACCGAGAAGCGGCUGACACUCUCAGGCAUUUACCAGUACAUCAUCACUAAGUUUCCUUUCUACGAGAAGAAUAAGAAAGGCUGGCAGAACAGCAUCCGACACAACCUGUCUCUGAACGAGUGCUUCAUCAAGGUUCCCCGGGAGGGCGGUGGAGAGAGGAAAGGGAAUUACUGGACCCUGGACCCUGCGUGUGAGGACAUGUUUGAGAAGGGAAACUACCGACGGCGGCGGCGCAUGAAGAGACCGUUCAGACCUCCGCCUGCACACUUCCAGCCCGGUAAAUCUCUUUUCGGUGGGGACAGUUACGGUUACCUUUCCCCGCCGAAAUAUUUACAGCCUGGGUUCAUGAACAACUCGUGGUCUCUGGCGCAAGCUCCAGCGCCAAUGCCGUACACCUCGUGCCAAAUGGCGAGCGGGAACGUGAGUCCGGUGAACGUCAAAGGCUUGACCGCGCACUCGACGUACAACCCUUAUUCUCGCAUGCAAACAAUGACACUGCCGGCUAUAGUCAACUCGUAUAAUGGCAUGAGUCACCAUCAUACACACCAGCACCAUCAGCAGCUCAGUCCGGCUGCGUCUCCUCCGGUUUCGACUGGAAACGGCACCGGGCUUCAGUUCGCGUGCUCGCGGCAGCCCACAGAUCUGCCCAUGAUGCACUGCCCUUACUGGGAGCACGAGGGCAAACACUCCGCGCUGCACACUCGGAUCGAUAUAUAGCUCCAUCUGCACCCACUACCUGAGACUUGUGGUAAUAAAGAUUGUCAAGGUUGUCUGGAUGUGGGCGCACGUGCAAACAAAACUGACGUGGAAUAAUCAGACAUUGGGAAUCUCUCCGAUGUGAUGAGGUUUGGUUUGUGCUUCUUAUCUCUGCUGCAAAAAUGAGGAGAUGUGGAUCAAAAUGGUCUCUCUCCCCUGUAUAUAAAUUAAUUCUGUGAAAAUAGUGCACAUUUCUCUUCGUUCUAAUGGAAACUUUUUUUUUUUAUUAUUAUUAUUAUUAUUAUUUAGAUGUGAUCUAUUUUCAGUAUUUUGACCCUGUCCAGAUCGCAGUGGCCUAUCACUUUUAAAACAAUGUAUUUUCACGUCAUUAAUGGUUUUCUGUUUUCCAUUAAGUCUUAAAUUUCAAAUUCAGUAAAAGAGAAGGAAGGAAAUCUGGGUCAAAGCAGCUGUUUUUGCAGUUGUCCUUCGAUAGAUCUUCUGCAAUCACAUCUGUGUUUUAAUAAUUCAUAUGCAAAAAAAUAAUAAUAAUAAAAGAAAAGAAAUAAAUAAUCAGCCCAAUAAGACUUAAGAAGCCCAAGAAGAAGUCCAGUAUAAAUCAAGCAGGAUAAUGUUUAGCUGAAAUCCAAUCUGACUCUGGACUGGAUGAUGCAGUGAAGGCUCCGAGUGGUUUUCGAUGUUAUUCACCAAGUGCUUGUUGUUGUUGUUGUUGUUGUUGUUAAAUUGUGACGCGAAGGCAAACUCAGACUUGUAUUGAAAGACACCGAAAAUUUGUAGGUGAAUUAUUGUGGGCUAACUGAAUUUUAUUUUUAUUAUUAUUAUUAUUAUUAUUAUUAUUAUUAUUAUUAUUAUUAUUAUUAUUAUUGAUGAAUAAUGUUAAUGUCUGCAACAACCUGAGGACCAUGUUUACGCAGCACUUUUUUAAAAUCGUUUUCCCCCUAGUUUUCAUAAUAAACUAAUUUCUCUUAAAAUGACACAGUGAUCUUG